AUGGGGACGAAGCGGCGGCGCCAGCAGCACCACGGCCGGUGGGUGGUGCCCCCGGUGGCGCCGGCCGCGGCGGCGUUCGCGGCGGCCGGGCUGCUGCUCCUCGUCGUCGCGUUCCACUGUUUCCUCUCGCCGCCGCUCGGGGGUGGCGGCCGCCGCCCCAACCCGCCGUUCCUGUUGAACAAACCGGCCGAGCUGCGCAGGAAUCUCGUCGGCACCGUCGAUUUCACCGUUCCGAGUGGCGGGAGCAAGCUCGGGGAGGAGCUCUGGGCGUCCAAGGCGGCGCACAACUUCGUCGGCUGCAGUGACGCGACCAAAGACUUCGCCGAUGCCAAGGCCGUCACCCAGUCGAAUCGCUAUCUCAUGAUCGCCACCAGCGGGGGCCUCAACCAGCAGCGAACAGGGAUCAUAGAUGCUGUUGUUGCAGCGCGCAUUCUGAAUGCAACACUUGUCAUUCCGAAGCUCGAUCAGGCAUCCUUCUGGAAAGACGCAAGUGAUUUUGAGGAGAUAUUUGAUGCUGAAUCAUUCAUAUCCUCGCUCUCAAACGAUGUAAAGAUCAUACGGCAAGUACCUGAUAGAAAUGGGAAGGCACCAUCUCCGUAUAAGAUGCGUGUACCAAGGAAGUGUACUCCAAAUUGCUAUGAGAACCGAGUGCUACCUGCUCUUGUGAAGAAACAUGUUGUGCAGCUAACAAAAUUUGACUACCGGGUUUCCAACAUGUUAGAGACUGAUCUUCAGAAGCUCAGGUGUAGAGUCAAUUAUCAUGCGCUGAAGUUCACAGAUCCAAUUCACAAAAUGGGACAAAUGCUUGUCCAAAGAAUGAGAGCCAAAAGUGGACGCUUCAUUGCUCUUCACCUAAGAUUCGAGCCUGACAUGCUCGCCUUCUCUGGAUGCUACUUUGGGGGUGGCGAAAUUGAGAGAAGGGAACUAGGUGAAAUACGAAAGAGGUGGAAGACACUGCAUGCAAGCGAUCCUGACAAAGAACGCCGGCAUGGCAAAUGCCCUCUAACACCAGAAGAAGUUGGCUUCAUGCUCAGGGCAUUAGGGUUUGGGAAGGACGUGCACAUAUAUGUUGCGUCGGGGGAUGUAUAUGGAGGAGAGGAAACAUUGGCACCUCUGAAAGCGCUCUUCCCAAAUUUCCACUCCAAGGAGACUUUAGCGAGCAAGGAGGAGUUGGAACCUUUUUUGUCAUUCUCAUCUCGCAUGGCUGCCCUUGAUUAUGUCGUGUGUGAUGGAAGCGAUGUUUUUGUGACAAACAACAAUGGCAACAUGGCGAGAAUGCUGGCUGGUCGAAGGAGAUACUUCGGGCACAAGAGGACCAUACGACCCAAUUCGAAGAAGCUUUCGGCACUCUUCCUUAAUCGAACCAGCAUGAGUUGGGACACAUUUGCAUCCAAAGUUCAGAUGUUCCAAAAGGGGUUUAUGGGUGAGCCCAAUGAGAUUAAACCAGGAAAGGGUGAAUUUCACGAGCACCCUAUGGACUGCAUUUGUGCAAGAGAACAGAGAAGAACUGGGCAUAGUAAGCCCUACCUAAAUAAAAUUGUUGGGGAAGGUGCUGAGAAUCAUACUAGUGGUGCAGAGUUUGAGUGGAGGGAUAUGGACUAUGGAGAGAAUACACCCUUGGCAAGGGAUUCAUCAAAUGACACUGAUCCAGACUAUGGCCGUAUUGGGGGUUCAGACAUUCCUGAAUUGGAGGACAUAAUCUCGGACUAGUAGUCACUUAAAAUGGAUAGCUAUACAUUAGGUUUUUGUCACUUAAAAGGAAAUUGUGAUAAAGUUCUCGUGUACAGAGGCUACCGCAUAGUUUUAUAUUCUCCUGCUUUUUUGCUUGGAGAUAUAAGGAAGAGCUUCUUACAGAAGACAGAAUCAGGCGGCCAUCAGUAUGAGCAAGACAAAUGUACAGUGUUUGGUUGGUCUAAAGCGAAUGCUGACUGGCAAAUUAGAAGAACUUUUUGCAUGUUUUUUUAUUUAGAUAUCUUAGCUUGAACCGUAAUAGAAGCUAAAGCCCUUUUUUCUUCUAAGUUUUAUGAAGUAUUUUGAUAGUGAGUUUAUAGUUUUUGCUCUUCCUUUUACUUUCACAAAAGUUUUGGUCUACCGAGAAAUCUGUACAUAACUUGGAACGUUUAUAAGUUCGGAGUCUCUCCUAAUUUUGGAAAUUCAUAUUUGUUUUAAUUGCA